AUGAAACUGUACUACUUUAAAAUAUUAUUAUUUUCCCUUCUAUUAAAUAUAUUGGCACAUAAUAAAAAUAAAUCAUACAUAGCACCGCAUAUACCAACUACUACAACACGAGUGUUAAGCGAAUGUAACGUAUAUAUUCCCAAUUAUGAUAAUGAUCCGGAUAUGAAUUCUGUGAGGGAAAAUUUCCAUAAGAAAACAGAACAAAGAUUUCAUGAAUACGACAAACGUAUGAUCAAAAACAGACAGAAACGUAAAGAAGAACGUGACAAAAAUAUACAAGAAAUUAUUGAAAAAGAUAGAAUGGACAAAUCAUUAGCAGAAAAAGUGGAAAAAGGUUGUCUUAAGUGUGGGUGUGGGUUAGGAGGUGUUGCAGCAAGUAUUGGAAUAUUUGGAACAAUUGCUGUAAAUGAGUGGACAAAAGCUGCUACGGCUGCGGCAAUUGAUUUGGCUAUUCAGGAGGGUAUUGAUGCUGGUGUAAAGGUAGUAAUUGCAGAAAUAAAAGCAACUAAUGCUUUUAAAAGUAUAUGGUAUGUAGAAUUGUCAAGUUUCAUUAAUGGAUCAAAUUAUAAUACUGUCGAUGGUCUUUCUGCAGCAACUAAGGCUGCCUUGGAUUCAAUUGGAAAACGGUGCACAUCUAGUAUUGUGGAUAGAGCGUGCAACGGAAUAUUAAACAAUAGUGAUGGGUGGUUUAGUUCAAUUGCGGAAGCCGGUAAACAAGCUGCUACUGCCGCAACUGAAAGUGCUAAAACAACUAAACUUGUUGAUGUAACAACUACAAGUACACAUUUGUACAGUGCAAUUGGUUAUUCAGUUCUUGCCAUAUUUAUUAUAUUAUUGGUUAUGGUAAUUAUUUAUUUAAUUUUACGUUAUCGAAGAAAAAAAAAAUGA